AUGGACUUUGAAGAUUCUGACAUCGGUGGCCAUGGCCACGAUGUAGAACCGAUAGAUAACGAUGAUUCUGGGUCGUCAUACCGCGCCUCUUCUGAAAAUGCAGAUGAGAGUCACAAAGUUGGCCGAAAGUCGGGUGGGCCGAGAAGGCACAUGAAAACGGCUGUCACAGCGAAGAGAGGAGAUUCCGAGAAAUCUAUUUCUGCACCCGCAAUUUCACCAAGUGAGUAUACGGAGGGACCAACAGCACCUGAAGGCAAUGAUCACGGCGAAGAACGCAGCAUCACUGCAAGCCCCCGAAAAAGGAGGGCUAGUUCGACCAAUUAUGAAUCAGAGUCUAAUCGCCAGAGCCGUUAUUUCAGGAACAAGAAAAUAAAAGGGUACUACAACGAUGGCUACAGACAGUUGCUGAACAAUGACAUCAAAGACGCCGCAUCCUGUUCCCUGCCUUCGGACUAUCCACCACUACCAAAUAGCCAGAUAGGCUCCAGCAUGUGGACCACUGCUGAAAAAGGUUCCCUACUCACUGCUCUUGGAAGACUGGGCAAGGACAACAUUGCUGGGAUAGCAACACGGAUAGGUUCGAAAUCGAAGCUACAGGUUCAAGAAUAUCUUGACCUAUUACAGCGCAACCGGGGAACCAAAAAACCUUUGGUGUUAACGGAUCUCCCUGUGGCAUUUGAGGUCAGCCAAAAAUGUUCCCAGGCUUUGAACGAAGCAGCAGAGGCAUUGGCUAUGCGACAAGAACGGCAUGAGGAAACGCUCGAGAGGGCAAAAUGGGGAGACGAUUCCUGGCUUCUAACUAAGGGUGUGAAUGAAUCAGUCGAGUCUCACCUUUCCGAGCCAAACGGAGAACAGGCUCUUGCGGAGGUGCUCCCUGCCGCCCAGCUUUUGAACCUCGGAAACUGGUUGGAGUUAUCUACUCGAGUCUUCAUGAACCCAGCUGGGCGCAAGGAUGAAAAUUGGAGAUACCUAAUCGAGGAAGGAGACGAACAUGGAAUUCGAGCUACGGCAUUCUCUGACUUUCAAAACCUAGCUAUCAGUGUCACCAAACGGCUAAUAUCGGCAACUCUACUCUGCGCAAUGUCCAGAAUGCGUGCCAAAGAUAUGGAUACACAGACAAAGCAUAGACAAGAAGAUGUCAUUGGCGCUGAUGUCGAAGCAGCCGCGCAGAUGAUUGGAUUUAGCAUCAAUAGCCAUAACUUUUGGAAACGCUGUCCGAGAAGAAACAAUCUACAAGUCUUCCAGCGCCUAACCCUCAGCCACGGGAAUAGACCUCCAAUGGAAUACGAUGCCGUCGAGGACGAGCUAAACAAACAAACCCCAAAGCAAAGAGCUCGAUCACGAUCACGAUUCCGGUCUCGAUCUCGAUCAAACUCUGCUUCAGCUUCCGGCUCUCGUGCCUCUUCAGUUUCGACUAUCAAUGCAUCGGACAUUGAUAUCUCAUCAGAUGAAGAACAAGAAUACUUGUCGAUUGCACCAAGCGAAGCCAGUCAUGGAGACUCUGCAAUGGAAACGGAUUAUGAUUCAGAAGCUCAACCCCAGCAAGGCCACGGUGACAAUCCACCCUUGAGCCCACGUCCAGCAGCGCAAGAGCUCAUGGAUCACCAUGCCACUACUAUAUCUCCCGAAUCCCAAGAGCUAGCCUACGCAGAUAAAUUUGACAUGGUGGCCAGUAUGGACGAAGAGGCCCGCCUAUGGGCAUUACUGAACCAGAACCCGCCUAUCUUAGUUAAGGACGAAGUAGAUAUCCUGACAAAGCCGAAAAUAAAGACACGAGCUAAAGACGAUAUGGUUGAUUGGAGGGAGAAUGUCGAGUUCUGGAGUCCGUGGGAGACCCAUGAAUCGUUGCCUACUGAAGAUAAAUUUGUAGCAAAUCAGAGAAAUGCAAGGAAAAGGAGGAAAAUUGUGAGAGAGGAGUCGGAAAGCGAUGGAGGGGAUGCGGCUGCUGUUGAGACGGAGGCAUAG